CCUCUUCUCCCGCUCUGCACGCUGAUGCUCUGUGGCUCAGUCAGUCAGGAAGGCAAAGAUAUAAGCAAACAGGAGGGGGAGAAGAGGAGGAGAAUGUCUGACUGCUCGAGGAACCCACGUGUCUGUUAGCCGUAGCCUUAGACGCUGUUAAUGGAGGACUGGGGUGCAUGAGGAGCGUAAGUCUGCAGACCCACACAGCCUGAAGCCACCCUGCCAAAUCUUGAGACCAUGUCUGGAGCCUACGACGAGUCCGCCAGCCAGGAGGAGACCACAGACAGUUUCUGGGAGGUUGGGAACUACAAACGUACAGUAAAGCGGAUUGACGAUGGUCACCGGCUCUGCAAUGACCUGAUGAACUGCAUCCAGGAGCGUGCCAAAAUCGAGAAAGCCUACUCACAGCAACUGACGGAGUGGUCUAAGAGAUGGAGGCAGCUGGUGGACAAAGGGCCUCAGUACGGCACAGUAGAGCGAGCUUGGAUUGGGCUGAUGACAGAGGCAGAGAAGGUGAGCGAGCUUCACCAGGAUGUGAAAAACAGCCUGAUUAACGAGGACUUUGAGAAAGUCAAGAACUGGCAGAAAGACUUGUACCACAAACAGAUGAUGGGAGGAUUCAAGGAAACCAAAGAGGCAGACGAGGGCUUCAAGAAGGCCCAGAAACCCUGGGCCAAAAAGCUAAAAGAGCUCGAGGCUGCCAAGAAAUCCUACCACAUGGCCUGCAAAGAGGAGAAGCUGGCGUCCACCAGAGAGGCCAACAGCAAGGGAGAGGCCUCAGUAGCCGCUGAUCAGCAGAAGAAACUCUCUGAGAAACUGGAGAAAUGCAAACAGGACUCACAGAAGGCUAAGGAGAAGUACGAGAAGGCUCUCGACGAGCUGAGUAAGUGCACUCCGCAGUACAUGGAGAACAUGGAGCUGGUGUUCGAUCAGUCCCAGCAGUUUGAGGAGAAGAGGCUCAGCUUCCUCAGGGAGGUGCUGUUGGAUGUUAAACGCCACCUCAACCUCACGGAAGACCAAAGCUAUGCCGCAGUGUACGCAGAACUUGAAUGCACCAUCACAUCGUCCAGCCCGCAGGAAGAUCUGAAGUGGUUCAGCAACACUCACGGCCCCGGCAUGCAUAUGAACUGGCCACAGUUUGAGGAAUACAACCCCGACCUUACCCAUAACAUUUCAAAGAAAGAAAAGUCAAAGAAAAGCAGCGACGGAGUCAUGCUGACCAACGUCACAACAGCUGUCAACAAUGCUCAGGCUGAAGACCAGGGGAGUGUCAGCAGCUACGAAAAGAACCAGGCAUACACGGCCUCCACAGAGUGGUCGGACGAGGAUCAGACCGCCCCAGACUCGGGCAACGACACCAACGGAGGAGCCAACCCCUUCGACGAGGACGUGGUGAAAGGCGUGAGAGUAAAAGCGCUUUACGACUACGAUGGCCAAGAGCAGGACGAGCUCACCUUCAGAGCAGGGGACGAGCUGCUGAAGCUUGAGGACGAGGACGAGCAGGGUUGGUGUAAAGGUCGCCUAGACAGCGGCCAGCUGGGUCUUUACCCAGCCAAUUACGUGGAGCCGAUGUAGCUGCUGCCGCUCAUGUGUUGUCGGAGGGCAAAACCCAGACUGAACCAUCCGGUCAUAACUGCAUAUUGCCAGAGACUUGAGAGCAAAGCUUCCUUCUUCACGUCGGGCGUAGUGAGCCGUCCUCAUCUCAGCACUCAUCACAACGAAAGACUUUACUGAAACAAGAUCAUCAUCCAGAUACUGCACCUGAAGUAAAAGUGUUUCAGUCUCUUCUGUGUAGCUGUGUUUCAGAUGUGAUGCUAACAUGCUACACAGUAUGUUCUCACAUCAUGACACCAACACGGUAUCGUCAGUCGUGCCUGGAUAGCCUGAGCUAUGCAUUGUGCAUUUCAUGUAUAUAUUUUUAUCUUUUUUUUACAGUCUGGAUGCUUGUACAGUUUCUUCUCAUUGAAUACAGUGUUCUUUUCUCUCUGUGAAAUAUGUACGUGUUAAAAUUAAAGGAUUAGUUUUAGGAUAUUUCCUUAUUUGCAUCUGAAAAUUAGAUUCAUACUACUCUCGUGUUUGUGAAAGUACAUUCAGGGCCAGGUUAGCUUAACUUAGCAUAAAGAACAAAACAGCUAUACUUGCAUCCUUUUAAAGAAACCAAAAAUGCCUACCACCUCCUCUAAAGCUCAAAAGGUAACAAUUGAAAUAUCCUUUGUUUAAUCAAGAGAGUGUUAGGCUCGCAGUGUCAACUACUUUAAUCAGUACAAAAUUGUAAGAUAUCCUAUGAAUUGCAGUUUAACGGUAUUAUUGCGUCUGGCCAACAAAGAUAUAUAGCACAAACCACCAAUUAAACCACACCAGGUCACCUUUUUGUAUAGAUUAAACACGAUUUUAUUUAGGAAGUAUUGAAAAACAAGUUAGGCUAGCUCAAUUGCUCAUGCUUCAUGUCUUUAUGCUAUGCUAAGCUAAAUGGCUAUUAGUUUGUAUGUCGUGCGCAAACAUGAGAGUAGUAUUGAUCUUCUCAUCUUAUUUGUAAAAAAAAAGAAUAAGCAGAAUAAGAAUAUGUCAAACUAUUCCUUUAAUGCAUUUGGUUGUUUUCCUGCUGCUCUCCAUAGCAUGACACUGAAUUAGUAUUAUGGGCCGAGAAAAUAUCAUAGGUAUAAUAAACACACACAUCCACUCAGCAGUGCUUCUAUUUGAAAUGGAAAUAUGUACUCUCCAUGACAGAGCAAGAGUUGUUUACAAUUCCCUCCGCUGUCACUGAUACUGCUAUAACUAUUACCUUUCAUUCUGUGUCUCCUCCGGUUUGUCUUGAUGCACAGACUGUCAUAAUCACCCUAUGCGCACUGAAAAAACCUGCCUGGAAACAACUUCAUUUCACAUCCAAGGAUUUUAUUUAUUUAUUUCCAAUCAACUGCAGCUAAUUGUUUACUAUGAGUGAAUGUUAGUGACUUGGCAUUAUCAGCUUCCCGCUCGUCUCUGAUUGUGUGCAUGCUGAUCCCACACACUGUUUAACCGCUCUGAUCUGGACUGAUCCAGUGCAUGGCCUCAAUUUGUUUCCACCAAAUUAUUCACAGUGUCUUGAUGGAAUUAAAACCUUAUCAGAUGAUGAUGAUGAUGAUGCCAUUGAUUUGCAUUGCAAAACAUAGUCAGACAUGAUUGGUCUAUUUCAGUGUGUACCAAACGUACAUGUCUUUAUUGCUUAUGUUGUUUUAAUCAAAAAAUCGGACUAAGAGUAAACAGUGCAUGUGUCUGUACAUCUACACGUUGAUUGGAUUGUUGCUCCGGGUAACCACAGGUGUUGGUGUAAACUACACCGAUGUCGAUGAGUAAUGUGAGUGUAGUUUUACUGACGCAGACAGAAAAGACUGCACAAAAGAGCAGAAAGAGGAUCCGUGUCUGAAAUAUUGAUGAGACAGUGGCCUUUUAUUGCUCUCAUAGAGAAGUUCACUUAAAAUAUCCAGUAGAGAAGGAAAUGUCUCUUGUACUCUGUCUGUGCUUCUGUGUGCUUUUAAAACAAAUGUUGCUCUUUGUAAGCUCUGGGGGGUGAGAUCAACAUUGCCUUAUCAAAAUCUACCACCCUGCCCUUGCAGAGACUCUCAACCAUCAUGUUUAACAGAGUGAGCUCGCCUCGACUGAAUCUGACUCCAGUACUCCGGCUCAGUUUACACACUGACACAACAUGCAGGCCUUCUUCGUCAUGACUGAAGAUGAGUUUAAAGGCUUGAAUAGUGUCUUUACAGUGUAUGGGACUUAACAAGUGUAGUGUAAAAGAUACAACUGCUGCAUCCACUGUGAAUCUCCUGUGAUACACUGAAUAACUGUAAAUCAUAUUUUAAAAUAAACAAAUGCUUCUCUUU